CUUUCCAGAUGCUGUUGACAGCUCGCGUUCAUCUUGAAACAAUUUGUUUAUUUUCUUCCUCGCUAGCAGUAGUAAAAACUUCACGAUGACCGCGAUCGACAAAAUACAGGCUUUGGAUCACAUUGAACGGGAACUGAUCCUUUGCUUACAAAGUGCCGGAGCGGCACUGAUGGAACUGAGCAAGGAAAAGACCAGCCAAAAAGCAACGGAAACAAACGUUAACCAGUUCCUUAAGUCGCUCAACAACGUAGAGACCAAACUGUCGGAGCAGAUCAACUAUCUCACGCAAGUGUCGACCGGGCAACCGCACGAAGGUUCCGGGUACGCAUCGGCCAAGGUGCUGCAAAUGGCGUGGCAUCGCAUUCAACACGUCAAGUCGCGCAUCAAGGAUCUGGAAGAAUGCAAAAUGCGCUACAUACAGGCUAACCGAAUGCAGAGUAACCGUGUUGGCCAGAACGCCUCAUCCACUACGGCUGGUGUUAUGCUUUAAUGGUAAAGGAAAAACACAAAAUUCGAUCUAAAUUAUAUUCAAUAAAACCUGUAUUUCAUUCCUUUGCAUCGUCGCUAACA